AUGCUCAUCAGUUUUCGUCCCUUGACAUUGAGCACUGCGAUCAAAUCUGUACGCUCUCGAACACUGGGAAUUGCCACGUCAAUCCAUGCUGAGCUUCGCACAUUUUCCGAUCACCCAGCCGGAGAGCUUCUUGGUUCAGCCCCUGACUUCUCGCGGUGUACAAGGUCUGAUGUUGAUACAUAUCGCCUCAUCCGUAUUUGUGACGAUCAAGAAAAACUCGAAUACACCUUUGGGUUGCUCAUGAACAUUGUGAGGCAACCAUAUCUUGGUCACCUGGUCAAGAAGAUUGAGUAUAUACAUAGGGCGAACAAUGUUAGGGGCUACCCUGAACUACCGUAUCAGCGGAAGCUGUCGGUAGAUGACAUGCAACUUCUCAAACGUGCGGUCGGAAAUGCGGGCUUCCAGGACAAAAGAUUGCAACGUGUCAUGGGUAUGCUUAUGCAGAAUGAUUUGGACCAAGACUUUGGGUACACGACCUCUGAAAACCGCCGGGUUAGUGAUUAUGAGACUGCGCCCACAUAUAUCACGCAGGCCAUUGCUGCCAUAAUUGUAUCCAUGGCACCAAACCUUGAAUCUAUGGCCAUGACGCAGAUCUUUAACCACCACUCUGAUCUUCAACCUGGGCAAGAAGAGACAGAGGAGUACCCCCUGGUUGAAGUCUUCCGAUAUGCAAAUUCUCGGCCACAGGGAGCGCGCUUUCUUCAGAAGUUGCGAGAUAUGUACCUGAUCAACCAUGCAAAACACAGCGAUUCUCGUUAUUUUGCCGACACGGAUUUGAUUGCUUGCCUCGAACUCUUCAAUAACCUUCCAUCAAUUGAAUCUUUGGGCAUCGAUGUACUUGAAUCCAAUGAGGACAAUGGAAAGCAGACCUGUGAGGAAAAGAGCUCGAAUAUCAGCAAAAUCAAAAUCAACCACUCCUCUCUGGAUGCCAGCUAUUUGCUAUGCGUAAUGGCGUCGAGCAAGAUUCUCACGGAACUUCAAUUCACCACGGGAAGGAGGUCGGCCCUCGACGGAACCUCGUUUUUCAGCCCGAAAGCUUUUCUCAAAGGCCUAUCAGAGCACACUAGAACGCUCAAGGUCCUCGACCUGGAUAUCGAGGAUUUGACUAUCGGAUACCCGGGUCAGCCUCAGCCUUACUCUACAAUCAAUUGGGAUGAAGCUGGAGGCCCUGGCGAUUAUGAGUUAGAUGAGUAUGACGAAUCCGACGAAGAUAGCGCAAAUCUGGCAAAGUACCGCCGCCUUCUGUCUAUUUGGGAUCGCAACGUGGUUCUGAAAGAUUUCGAAGUAUUGAAAAGCUUGAGCAUCAACAUUGGGUUUUUAAUAUAUUUCGCUCAGGGGGUGGAAACGGAUGAUUUGCAAAGAGCAAGCAUUGUGCUCGCGGACUGUCUGCCAGAUCAUCUGCGGUCUCUGUCUGUUCGAGGAUACAAGAAAGUCGAGAAUAAGAUGUAUGACAAGCAGGUGGACGCGUUGAUGGCCCGAUUUGAGGCUGGCUUAUCACGGCUGGACGAGAUCAAAGGGGUCAGUGAGCUGAUUCCGAAUGGGCGUGCGGUGGAAAAUCCAGGUCGGAAUGAACAUUUGCUCUGGUCAUUGGAGGAACUGGGGUAUCCUGAAUGGUGA